AUGUUACCCACUAUCCAAGUACCAAACGUUAACGGCAAUACCAACAACAACAACAACAACAACAACAACAACAACAACAACUCCCCCAAAAAUGAAGACUCAAACACAAUCAACCUCCUAAAUAACCCUGCCGACCAAACCCUACAGUAUCAGCAGAUUGAUCACCAAGACAAUCAAUUCAGAGAAUUCUCUCAACCGCCUCAACCUCCUCAACAGCAACAGAUCCCCCCACAACAAACCUUCUCUCAUUUCCAAACCCAACCUUUUGUGUCCCAAUACCAACAGCCUCCUCAGCAACAACAAAACAUUUAUUUCCAGCAAUCUUCGCCUCAAACAAACGCCCAACCGUCAUUACAACAGGUGCUACAAUCACAAUCCACUCAACAACAACAACAACAACAACCUCAACAACUACACCAACUACAUCUACAACAACAGUACUUGUCCCAUCAAAACAACUCCUCGCAAAACAACAACUCACAAGCCACUGCACAAUCCCUGCCUUCUCAAAACAUAAGUCUACUGGGCCAAAACAUAAAUAACAAUUCCAAUAACAAUACUAACCCUACCUCCAAUUCAAACCAUACUAACUCAAUCUCUCAAGAUUAUAAUUAUAUACAAAACUCAAACCCUGCUACUCAACCAAUCAACCAGCAACAACUUUCAGAAAUGAUGUACAAUUCAUUCCUUUCCCAUCUAAGUCAAAAACAAGUCUCCAGUGCCAUUGGGUCGGCAUUAACAAAUGCUACCCAUUUGAACCCUGCUGCUACUACUGUCUCUUCUGCUGCCGCCUCUUCUCUUUCUUCAAACACAAAUGCCUCCACCUCCAACUCCACUUCUUCUUUCUUAAACCCCCCAGGCCAAAGAUAUUUCCAUGCAAACAUGAAUGUUUCUCCAACUCUAAUGGAAGCCACCCAUCCAGUAAACAUCCAAGCCACCAGCCCAAUCCAUUUGCAAAACUCCCAUUCUUCUCCAAACCCACCUAAGAAGAUGUCCACUACCCAGAGUAGAAUUGAAAAAAGAAAACAAUUGAAAAAACAAGGUCCAAAGAGACCUUCUUCUGCUUACUUCCUUUUCUCAAUGUCUAUUAGAAGUGAUUUAUUAGAAAAAUACCCACAAGCAAAAGUUCCUGAAUUAUCCAAAUUAGCUUCUGCUAGAUGGAAAGAAUUAACUGAUGAUGAAAAAAAACCAUUCUACGACGAAUUUAGAACAAACUGGGAAAAAUACAGAGUCUUGAGAUCCGAAUACGAAAAAACUUUACCUCCAAAGAGACCUUCUGGUCCAUUCAUCCAAUUCACUCAAGAAAUCAGACCCAUCGUCGUUAAAGAAAACCCUGACAAGAACUUGAUUGAAAUCACUAAAUUGAUUGGUGAAAGAUGGCGUCAAUUGGAUCCUUCCAAAAAAGCUGAAUACACUGAAGAAUACCGUAAGAGAUUAAAGGAAUGGGAAAGUUAUUAUCCAGAAGAUGGUAAUGAUUUAGAAAUGAAAAAAUAA